UAGAUCGGCUUACUGUAAUCACCUGAGCGAAAUUAUUUAACGUGUCUACUUUGGUUUACUGAGCGAGCACAUUAAAUUAGACAGCAGACUGCAAGGGACCUCAACCCCCUCCAAAAGAAGGAAUUGAUUAGGUGGGGGGUGUUGAUCGCAUCAUGAGUGACGCGUUUAAAGUCUGCAAAACUGUCCUUGUAACCGGUGCUAACCGAGGCCUCGGUUUACAAAUAGUUAAACGCUUAGUAACUGGGGGAUGUUUUCCAGGAAAGAUCAUCGCUACUGCGCGCAAUCCGGAUGAAGCGAAGGAAUUACAGAGCAUGUCCAAGGACCACCCAAACAUACACAUUAUCAAACUUGAUGUUGUCAGUGAGGAGAGUAUAAAGAAGGCUGCUGUAGAGGUUGAACAAAUUGUGCAGAAGGAUGGCCUCAACUGCCUUAUCAACAACGCUGGCAUCAACAUCAUAGCCAACUUUGAAACAGUGACCGCUGAGAAAAUGUUGGAGAACUUUCAUACAAAUUCUGUAGGACCUCUCAUGAUCACCAAGGCGAUGCUUCCAAUGUUAAAGCUGGCUGCUGCAAAUGCAGUGGGAAUGGGCAUCCACCGAGCUGCAGUCAUCAACAUGACCUCACUUUUAGGCUCUGUUGAGCUCAACUGGGGAGAACGUGCUAAGGACUUUAAAUGGUACCCAUACAGAACAUCAAAGAGUGCACUGAACAUGAUCACUAGAUGUAUGGCAGUGGACCUGGAGGCUGAUGGGAUUCUCUGUGUGGCUAUUCAUCCUGGCUGGGUGCGCACAGAUAUGGGAGGUCCGGAGGCACCAUUGAGUAUAGAAGAGAGCAUUAGUUCUGUCUUGACUGUGAUUAAAGGCUUGAAUGAGAAGGACCAUGGCACGUUUCUGCAUUACACUGGUGAAGCUCUGCCAUGGUGAUUUUGCUGAAGAAAAUAUACAUUAUAAAUGAUAAAACUGCUAAAAGGUUUGUGUUAUUUGUUAGUAUGCUUCAUUUCGUUACUAAAUGUUCUCUAGGGGACUAUUCUAACCUUUCCAAGUUCAUUUGCAAUAGUUUGAGUAAUACUAAUUUUUAAAAAAAAAAACGAAACGAAAAAAACAAAACAAUACUGUCAAAUAUAAAAUAAAGGCAAACAAUAUAUAAAGAAAAAAAAAAUUUAGUGGCGGGCCGUGCUUUUGGUCCCUGGGCCUUCAGUGAGAUCUUACCCGACUAAAUCCACCUCUUAAUACCACCACUAUCAUGUUGCGAUUAUAGAAUUCAAUUCAAUUCAAUACAUUUUUAUUUGUAUAGCGCUUUUAACAAUGAAC